UUCGGUUCGGUCACUGCACAUCCCUCUUUGGAACUCUCCGCUUUCUGCUCCUGACCAGGCGACACUUAGGAACCUGAGAGCGCGAGGAACAUCUAGGAACCUUGUCAUAUUAAUAUCAAUAUAUACCCAUACAUACCUAUACAUAUAUAUAUAUAUUAUUUAGCGGAAAAUGGAGCAGAAAGAGACAGAGGUGACUGAGAAAGGAGUUUCGUCUUCUACAAGCGGAGUUGUUGUUCAAGUUCGGGAGAAGAAGGGAGCUCUGCGCGCAGCCAUCCCCUACAUGCCCUUCCCUCUAGCUGUCAUGUGUCUGUUCUUCAACACUUUCAUUCCUGGCUUAGGAACGUUUAUCUCAGCCUUCACGGUGCUGUGCGGAGCCAGGACGGAUCUCCCUGACAGGCACGUGUGCUGCGUGUUUUGGCUGAACAUCGCUGCUGCGUUCAUCCAGAUCAUCACCGCUGUGGUGAUGGUGGGCUGGAUCAUGAGCAUAUUCUGGGGCAUGGACAUGGUUAUCCUUGCAAUCUCUGAAGGCUACAAGGAGCAGACAGCCGCCCAGCAGCUCUGAGCUGUCCUCCUAUUUGGUCCAGAAGAAUAUGCUUUCCGUCCUCACACUGCUGUACUUCUGGCCACUUCAUUAGCCAGGAGCAUUGAGCUAGCCACCACACAAAGAAGGGCUAACGAAGGGCUAAGCUAGUCAGAAUUUCAGGCUGCAAAUGUACAUCAUCCCCUAGUACACACACACACACACACACACACAGUCAUAGUGCUAUGUGAUUACAAGCAGAAUCAUGCUAAUGUGCCAACUGUUUGUGUACCACACUGUAAAUUCAACCCGGUUAGCACUAUUUUCUGCUUAAAUCUGUCUUCUCUUCUAUGUUAUUCAUGAAAUGUAGAGAUUUACAUAAAUAAUCAUUUAGACAGCGAUUCCAGAUGGUCCAGUGUUAGCCCACAUAUCAGCGUCAUCACAUCACCGUAGCGCCAAGGCAGUGAAACCUGUCCGAUCUCAUCCGAUCCGAUUCAAAUAGCUGAAUACUGAAAGAGCUCACGUAUCAGAGAUGCUGGUCAUUCAAACGUCUCAGAGAUGUUGGUCAUCUCCAUGUCUCAGAGAUGUUGGCCAUCUCCAUGUCUCAAAGAUGUUGGUCAUCUCCACGUCUCAGAGAUGUUGGUCAUCUCCAUGUCUCAGAGAUGUUGGUCAUCUCCACAUCUUAGAUAUGUUGGUCAUCUCCAUGUCUCAGAGAUGUUGGUCAUCCAAAUGUUCAUCCAAAUGUGUCAGAGAUGUUGCUCAUCUCAACGUCUCAGAGAUGUUGGUCAUUCAAAUGUCUCAAAGAUGUUGGUCAUCUCCAUGUCUCAGAGAUGUUGGUCAUUCAAAUGUCUCAGAGAUGUUGGUCAUCUCCAUGUCUUAGAGAUGUUGGUCAUUUCCAGGUCUCAGAGAUGUUGGUCAUCUCCAUGUUUCAGAGAUGUUGGUCAUCCAAAAGUUCAUCCAAAUGUCUCAGAGAUGUUGGUCAUCUCCAGGUCUCAAAGAUGUUGGUCAUCUCCACAUCUCAGAGAUGUUGGCCAUCCAAAAGUCUCAGAGAUGGUCAUCUCCACUUCUCAGAGAUGUUAGUCAUCUCCAGGUCUCAGAGAUGUUGGGCUGCUUUGGGCCUGUAAUUAAAAUUCUCCAUAUAUUUGGUUGAUUUCUGUUUUUUUCUCUGAUAACAGCCCUGAUCAUUGAUCACGUUCAGUAGUGACCUGCUCCUGUACAUGAUAAAGAGCACUUAUAAGAGAAAAUAGUGUGUUUAGGUCGGGAUUCAUUUCAGUGACAGGACAAAGGGAUUAAAUCAAAAUGGUUUUUCAAAUCUUUCCUCAGUAAAUAGCUGCAACCUUUUAAUGACACUGAGAGUGAUAUUCUGCAGAAGAGUUUUUCCUCCUUAUAGAAACUCAACCAUAAUUUCCACAAUUUCUCAAACCUGUCUCACUUUAUUCAGUGUAAAUCUCCUGAGAGAAUACUGAAGGAGCUCACGUCUCAGAUGUCAGUCAUCUCCACAUUUCACAGAUGUUGGUCAUCUCCAUGUCUCACAGAUGUUGGUCAUCUCCAUGUCUCAGAGAUGUUGGUCAUGAAAAUGUCUCAGAGAUGUUGGUCAUCUCAAAGUCUCAGAGAUGUUGGUCAUUUCCAUGUCUCAGAGAUGUUGGUCAUCAAAAUGUCUCAGAGAUGUUGGUCAUCUCCAUGUCUCAGAGAUGUUGGUCAUCAAAAUGUCUCAGAGAUGUUGGUCAUCUCCAUGUCUCAGAGAUGUUGGUCAUCAAAAUGUCUCAGAGAUGUUGGUCAUCCAAAUAUUUCAGAGAUGUUGGUCAUCUCCAUACCUUGGAGAUGUUGGACAUCUCCAUGUCUCAGAGAUGUUGGUCAUCUCCAUGUCUCAGAGAUGUUGAUCAUCAAAAUGUCUCAGAGAUGUUGGUCAUCUCCAUGUCUCAGAGAUGUUGGUCAUUCAGAUGUCUCAAAGAUGUUGGUCAUCUCCAUGCCUCAGAGAUGUUGGUCAUCUCAAAGUCUCAGAGAUGUUGGUCAUUUCCAGGUCUCAGAGAUGUUGGUCAUCUCCAUGUCUCAGAGAUGUUGGUCAUUCAGAUGUCUCAAAGAUGUUGAUCAUCCAAAUGUCUCAGAGAUGUUGGUCAUUCAGAUGUCUCAGAGAUGUUGGUCAUCCAAAUGUCUCAGAGAUGUUGGUCAUCUCAAGUUCUCAGAGAUGUUGGUCAUCCAAAUCACUCACUUCUCAUUUUCCAAAUGUCUCACCUGUCUCACUUUAUUCAGUGUUAAUCUCCUGACAGAGAAAAAGAUUUUAAGAUUCGGUUCAGAUUUUUCGAUCUGUCUGUCCGCGUUUAAAAGGUUUAUCAGUAGAUACUGUAAGUGAUGUGUUUUAGCUGUUUUUUAAAAUUGUGUACAGAAUUGUUUAACGCAACAGGAAACAGAACUGCCUUUAACAGAACUAAAAUAUACUGAAUGAAAAUUAAAUAGCAAUUGUGACUGUAUUAUUGUUGUUGUUUUUUUUAACAUGGCAAUGAUGUGUUGUAUCUAAUAAAUCUUUCUUAAAUCCAGUGUGGGG